AUGUCUCGCCCAGAAGAUAUUCUUCCACCCGACCUACACUACAAUGAUGUUGAGGCUCGCAAAUACACCACAUCCUCCCGCAUUCAGAAUAUCCAGGCCGCCAUGACACACCGUGCCCUUGAAAUCCUCGACCUUGACCGGGCCUCAUUCAUCCUCGACAUAGGCUGUGGCUCUGGCCUCUCAGGCGAAAUUCUAACUUCACUUCCCGAACCACACUUGUGGGUGGGAAUGGAUAUAUCUCCGUCUAUGCUCGAUACGGCCUUGCAGCGCGAUGUGGAGGGCGAUCUCAUACUUGCCGACAUUGGCCAAGGUAUACCCUUCCGAGCUGGAACCUUCGAUGCAGCCAUCUCGAUUUCUGCCAUUCAAUGGCUCUGCAAUGCGGAGAGUAGUGAUGUAUCGAGUACCGGUCGUCUCGCUCGAUUCUUCAAUGGACUCUAUGCAAGUUUAAAGAGGGGUGGUAAAGCUGUCUGUCAGUUCUAUCCCAAGAAUGAUGAGCAAAGAUCCAUGAUUAGUGGUGCCGCCAUAAAAGCAGGCUUUCGCGCCGGUAUACUGGAGGACGAUCCCGGCACCAAAAAUGCAAAACUAUACCUUGUAUUGACCGUUGGUACCAAUGCUGAAGAUGGGAAAUCUGGCGAUAUCACGGAGGUCGUGAAAGGUAUGAGUGGUGUGAACGUAGUGGAUACAAGGAGAAAAAUUCAAGGAAAGAAUAUACGAGAUGCUUCCAAAGGCAGCAAGGCUUGGAUCCUAGGCAAAAAAGAACAGAUGGAACGGAAAGGAAAAGUCGUAAAGAACUCUUCGAAAUAUACUGGAAGAAAACGAAGAAUUGUUUUUUAG